CUCAACUAUGAAAAGCAGUACAUGAUAACGAUGGUGAAGUAUUCUGGAUCGUUUAUACUUCCUGAACUGACUCUCAGUCUUUUAUUGCUGAGAAUUGUCAUCGCUCAAAAUUGGUGGAAUUUCGAGUCCCAAAUAAAUCCGUUCAAACUCCCUUUGUUCACGCCUCUACCAAACCAACGGUUUACUCAUAUUCCAGAAGUUAAUCGAUAUGGUCCAACGCCGAACGAUGUUGUAGUGGAUAUUCCAAGAGCUGGUUUGGGAAAGUUUAUUGGUUUUUCUACUACAAUAAAUUAUGACCACACUUGGUCGAGGUGGCCACCAAUAAGUGGUAGACUUGUGAACGUUUUUCUAGGAAUACCUUAUGCUGCACCCCCAACUGAGGGAAGAAGGUUCCGGUUACCUGUUCCUGCUUACUUAAAUACCCGAUUUCCAUGGUUCGCUAAACGCUUUCGAUCAGCGUGUAUGCAACCUCACAUUUGGCUUAGUCGCUUUAUACCGGGUUUUUCGGAUAUAAGCGAAGACUGUUUGUACCUUAACAUUUAUUAUCCAAAUAAUACACGCGAUAGUUCCAAUAUUCGUUAUCCUGUGAUUGUACAUAUUCAUGGUGGAAGUUAUGUUUAUGGCUCUAGUCACAUGUAUCCUGGCUUAGCGUUGGCUUCUAAAGGUGUAGUUGUAGUAACAUUCAAUUAUCGUUUAGGACCAUUUGGUUUCCUAUCGACUGGUAAUCAUGCAUCAAUUGGUAAUUAUGGUCUAUGGGAUCAAUUACUUGCUAUUACUUGGGUUAAACAAAAUAUUGAAUGGUUUCAUGGUGAUCCUGAUAAAAUUACAUUGAUGGGAGAAAGUGCUGGUGCGGCUAGUGUUGGUUUACAUUUAAUCUCACCGUUAACACGAGAAAGAUAUUUAUUCAGUCAAGCAAUCAUGAUGUCCGGUUCUGAUUUAUCUCAGUGGGCAUUCAGUGAUCCAGUUAAAAUUCAUACACGUUAUUAUGCAAUUGAAUUAGCUCAACGAUUAGGUUGUUCUUCAGUGCAAACCAAUGCUAUCAAUGAAUCACAACAAUAUUUACGUAAUACAAAUCUAUAUCGUUCAUUUAUAAAUAAAUCAUUUAAAAUGCCAUUUGGUGAAUCAUAUGUAAAACAACAUUUAACCAUACCAUAUUCUGUACAAGUAGAUACAUAUGCAUUAAUCUAUUGUUUAAGAUAUGAGAAGACAGCUGAACAAAUUAAUAAUAUUGUCCUUGAAUUACACUCUCUUCCAGGAGCUCCAUCAUUUGUCUGGACACCAGUUGUUGACGGGAUGUCUGGUUUCUUCCCACGUACACCAGCGAAAGAACGUUCAUUGGGUAAUUUUGCUAAAAUACCAUUACUUGCUGGUGUAGUACAGGACGAAGGUUCCUUAGCAUUAGAACAUUUUUUAUAUCAAUUAGAUCAACAGGGUUAUGUAAUUGAAAAUUUUACAGAUAAUAUUGUCAGACGUUUUAUUGGUACACUGUUAAAUGAUUUGAAUGUUUUUCGGCAUAAUCAAACUGCUGAAGAAUUGUAUACACGUUAUACAUGGUGGUCAAAUCUAGACAAUAAUACUGCACGAUGGAAACGUACUGUUGAUUUAGUUUCAGAUAUGGAAAUUAAAUCACCAUUAGAUUUUAUCGUAAAAUAUCAUUCAACGUAUUCACCAUCAGUUUAUUUCUAUGAAUUCGCUUAUUCCAGUCCAAAUGAUAAACAAGUUACACCAGAAAUUGGAAUUUAUCAUGGUAUUGAAUUGCCUUUCUUAUUCGGAUUCCCUUUUAUGAAUAAAUCUACAUGGUUAGCAUUAUUCGGUGAAAAUAAUCCUUUACCACGUUGUGUAUCAGACAAUUAUGUUUAUCCAUAUGAUACAAAUAUCAGUGAAUAUUUAUUGGAUUUAUGGACAAAUUUUGUGAAAUAUGGCAAUCCAACUCCUCAGCAUGUUAAAAAUAUUAAAUGGCCAAGUUUUAAAAAACCACAAGAAGCAUAUCUUCAUAUACAAUUAAAUAGUUCAAUUAAAUAUCAUUAUAAAUCAUCAGAUAUGGCAUUUUGGCAAUAUCGUUUUGAAGAAUUAGCUCAAUCUGUAUCAGCAUCUCCACCAAUUUACUACUAUCCUUUAAUUGAUGUACGAUUGGCUACAUUGGUAUUAGGUUGUCUUCUCAGUGUUGCAUUGAUUAGUUUAAUCAUAAUUAUCAUUUUACUACUGAAACGUCCACAUCCAAAACAAUUCAAGUCAAGUAUACGUUAUAGUACACCGGGUAGUGCAUUUCAUGCAUCAUUUAAAGAUUCAUUUUCGAAUCGUCAUGUUUAUCCAAUGACAAUGUCAACGAUUGUUCCUUCUGAACCACCACCACCAGCACCACCACAAUCAACAACAACAAUAUCAGCAUUACAGCCAUUGACAAUGAGAUCAUUACAAUCAUCACCAACAUUAUUGAGAGUCAAUUCUAUCGGUUAUCUUAAAUCUAAUAAAAAGAUUAAACAAAAACCAUUGAAUUUAUCGAAUUCAACAAUAUCUUGUACAAAUUAUCAAAUACCAUUAUAUCCUGAAGAGAAAUUUCUUAAUAGAUUAUCAACUACACAGAAUAAUAAUAAUAAUAAUCAACAUCCACCACCUCCUCCAAUACCACCAUCAAAUCGAAGAAAGUCUGCGUCUAGUUCUUCCAAUGGAUCAUUAUCAUUAAUAUCGUCAUCAUCAUCAUCAUCACCUUCAUCGUCGUUUGCGUCAUCAAUGCAAACUUCAAAAUCACUUCAUCAAAUACAAAUCAAACAAAACAAUGAUAAAAAUAGAUUAACACAUAAUAGAAAAGAAUCAAAAUUAUUUGAUCGAUUAUUGUAUUCAGAAGAUACAAUAAGAAAUGAUAGUAAUGUUAUUCCAUUGACAAAGUUAUAUAACAAUCAUAAUUCUAAUUACAAUCCAUAUGUUACAGAUGUUUAAUGUGUUGAGAAGUGAUGCUGCUUCUCUCUCUCUCUCUCUCUCUCUCUAUUCAGUCUAAAAUUGAUGCAUUUCUCUAAUGAUCAUUUUUUAUUUAUCAGUCAAAUAGUUCAUAGUUUUGAUGAAAUUUCGAAUGAGUGUUUUUUUAAAAAAAAAUUAUUUUCUAAAUAAUAAUCAGGGUGUUGACUUUUGUUUUUUAUUUUCAUUGUGUAACAUUGAUUAAAUGUAUCGUAUGUAUAUUGUUACUGUAUUUUGUAUUCUAUGUUACUUAAAAUAACUGAAUAUUCUAUUUUAUCGCAUUCAUGCAAAUAUAUUGCUGUGCUUUUGUU